CCUCCAACAAACACUAGGCGAGAAGGUAAGUUCGCAAAAACACUUACCCAGAAGGUUUUCAAUGAGUUGAAAAAAGCUUAUCUGGAGGUAUCAAACAACUUGGUUAGUGUCGACCACCAUGUAGAUAAAAUCAUGGAAAUGAUAGAUGCUCAGACAAAUGAAACACGGAUUGUAGGAAUCCAUGGGUUGGGUGGCAUUGGAAAGACGACUAUAGCCAAAAUCAUCUACAAUCAACUUUUAAAAGAUUUCGAGGGUUGUUGCUUUCUUUCCAACAUCCGUGAAGUGUCAGAACUCAAGGGCAUUGAAUGCUUGCAGAGCCAGCUCAUCUCGGACAUCCUCAAAAUGAAAUGGACAGAUAUAAGAAACUAUGAUGAAGGGACUCAGACAAUUAAAGACAGGUUGUCUAAUAAGAGAGUCCUUGUUCUUCUCGAUGAUGUGGAUCACAAGAAUCAUAUGGAUGCACUUGUAGGUAAGCCUAAUUGGUUUGGUAAAGGGAGCAAACUUAUUAUUACUACUAGGAAGAAAGAUGUUCUUGAUGUUUGUGAAGUGGACUGCAGUUAUGAGGUUAACGCCAUGGAUGCCCAUCGAUCUCUUCAACUUUUUAGCAAACAUGCCUUCCGAAGAGAUGAUCCUUUAGACAAGUAUAUCAACCAAUCAAACAAGGCGAUAGACAUUGCGGGAGGUCUUCCAUUAGCUCUUGAGGUAAUAGGUUCACUUUUAUCUCGCACUAAAAAGGAAAUGUGGGAUGUCACAUUGGAGAAGUUGAAAAAUGUUCCUCAUGCGGAUGUUCAGAGUAAGCUGAAAAUAAGUUAUGAAGCAUUAGAUGAUGGAGAAAAGCAUAUUUUUCUCGAUAUAGCUUGUCUUUUCAUUGGAUAUGACAAAGAUAUUGUGGUUCAUUUCUGGGAUGCAUCUAAACUUUUUCCAGAAGUAGCCAUGGAAGUUUUGCAGAAUAUGUCUUUGAUAAAAAUUAAAGAAGAUAAUACAGUGUGGAUGCAUGACCAACUCAGAGACCUUGGAAGAAUAUUGAUUCGUCGAGAAAGUAAGAUGAAAAUAGAGAAGCAAAGUAGGGUGUGGAAUCCAGAGGAAGCAUUGGAUUUGUUGAGGAGACAUAAGGGGAAAAAAAAGGUUGAAGUGCUUCGUCUCAAGUUUGACCAUCAGCGGAAAUACUAUUUUACCUACGAGGAAUUUAAGAGACUAUCAAAUCUAAGGUACUUUGAAGUUGAUGGUUCGAUGGAAAAUUUUUGUGCAGAAGAGAGGCUUUUUUGGCACCAAUCUCCAUCAAAUGUUCUUCCAACUAAUGUUGUCCAAGAUAAUUCAGAUCUUCUUCCACAAUUGCAAUGGCUAUCGUGGCAUAGUAUUCCCCCAACAUUUAACAUAACAAAUUUCUCCAUCGACGAUUUGGUUAUUGUUGAUCUAUCUAAGAGUGUAAUUACACAUGAUUGGAAUGGGUGGAGCCACAUGGAGGUGAUAAAGAAUUUGAAAGUUCUGAUUUUGACCUAUUGCCUUUGCUUGGAGAAAACUCCCAACUUCUCUGCCCAUGCAAAUUUAGAACGUUUGAUCCUACGUGGCUGUGCCAAAUUAGUCGAAAUUGAUAAGUCAAUUGGUCAAUUGAAACACUUAGUUUCCUUAGACGUAAGCGAUUGUGGGAAUCUUCGGAGGCUGCCAAACGAGCUUGAUCUUGCAAGCCUUGAAUACCUAUUGCUGGAUGGUUGUGGAUCGUUGGAGAGGCUUCCAGAUUCAAUUGGGAAUUUGACAUCACUAAUUGAGUUGAAUAUAUUUGGGACGUUGGUGGAAGAACUUCCUGAUUCCAUUGGAAACUUGAAGAAUUUGAAAGUAGUGAAGAUGACUGGGAGUGCCAUGAGCAAAAUACCUGAUGCCCUUUGGACUAUUGAUAAGCUCGAAGAAAUAGAAGUGGAUGGCAUAGAUGAACUGCCUUUCCAUGUGAAUAUUGGCAAUUGCAUCAAUAGAAAUCGAUCCCUGAGGAUCUUGAGAUUGAGUGAUGCAAAAAUAUAUGCAGUACCAAUGCUUCCUGAAAGUCUAUUUAGUCUACAAUUGUCUACAUUAUACAUGGACACGUUUCCAGACCUCUCAAACCUGACUAAUCUAAAGGAAUUGAGUUUGAGUUUUGUCCCACGUGAUUAUGAUGUGAAAUCUCAUGGGCUCGUGGAAGAUCCAAUACCACGGUGGAUUGGGAAGUUAAGAAAACUAGAGUCUUUGUGCCUACAUUCUGAUCAUGUGACCACCUUAUCCAUGAAUAUUAGUCUCCUCCCUCAACUCAAGGCACUUGACCUCCGGUGCUCUAAUCUGGGUUGCCUCCCGAGGCUUCCCACAAGUUUAUUAUCCUUAUCUUUGUGCUAUUGCAAGUCACUUUGUUUGAUGGAUCUAUCGAAUUUGAAGAAACUAUCAUCUCUUGAGAUUUCAUACUGUGCAAUUUCAAAGAUUCAAGGCCUUGACUGUUUGGAGAAUCUACAAAAUUUGUGGAUUUCUGUUCUUGAACAGGUCGACAUACUCCCUAAUCUAGGUAAUUUCAACAAACUAAGAAGUCUUCGUGUACAGAACUGUGGUAAUUUGGUUGAGAUUCAAGGCGAACUACCACAAUCUUUGGUAGAGCUUGUGAUUUAUUCAUGUGAAUCUUUAUGGAAGUUGCCUGAUUUGUCAAGCUUAAAGAGAUUGCAAAAGAUUGACAUAAAUCGUUGCAUGAAAUUGAAUGUGGAGGCAACUCUUGGCUUUGCUCAAAGAAGUCAGGCAUAUUUAUGGUUGGAGUCGGAGAAUGAGUGCACGUUGAUCUUGAAAACUUCUUGA